AUGCGGAAUGGCAUCUCGAGACGCUGCACGCUGACCGUUCUGGUAAGCGUGACAGUGUCGUUGGCCCUGCUCGUGCUGUACUACGUGUACGAUGUGGACGUGUUAAGCACACCCAGACGUAUGCUCCUGCAGCGUUACCGCGACCAGACGGAUGACCUUGAACGUGCCGGUGGUUUUCGAUUCGAGUACACAACCCGUGGACUUGAUGCAAGGUAUCCUACGCCACCGGGAGACAUGGGCCAGCCGGUUGUGGCCAAUACCAGCAACCCGGACGUUUCAGAGCUGGUCGAUGCUGGCAUCAGAACGCAAGGCUUCAAUCAGUACGCAUCCGAUCUGAUGUCAGUUCGGCGACGUUUACCCGAAAUCCGUGAUCCUUGGUGUCGUGUACCGGGCCGCUUCAUAGCGAACCUUCCGCAGACCUCGAUCGUGAUCGUGUUCUACAAUGAAGCAUGGUCAGUCGUGCUGCGGACGGUUCACUCAGUGUUGGACCGAUCUCCGGCCCAUCUGGUGAAAGAGAUCGUGCUCGUCGACGAUAGUUCUACGUUGCCAAAUCUUAAAGCCGAACUGGACGAGUACCUGCAACAGUACGAGAAGGUGCGUGUCAUCAGGGCACCGGCCCGGUUGGGGUUGAUUCGAGCAAGGAUUUUCGGUGCGAAAAAUACGACCUCCGAGGUGAUUACGUUUCUGGACGCACACGUAGAGUGCACUGUCGGUUGGUUGGAGGCCCUCCUCGAUGUGGUAGCUCGGAAUGAUACCACUAUUGCCAUCCCCACCAUCGACUGGAUUGACGAGAAGAAUAUGGCGCUGGUGUCCAACAAGUCACUCGGCUACAUCGGUGCGUACGAUUGGGAUCUCAACUUUGGCUGGUGGGGUCGCUGGUCCAUGAAGAAGCAGUACGCGAACAAAGUGGAACCGUUCGAUACGCCCGCGAUGGCCGGAGGGCUAUUCUCGAUCGAUAGGAAGUUUUUCGAGCGACUCGGAUGGUACGACGAAGGGUUCGAUAUCUACGGCAUCGAGAACAUCGAGCUGUCGAUGAAGAGCUGGAUGUGCGGCGGAAAGAUGGUGACGGUACCGUGCUCCCGAGUGGCUCACAUCCAGAAGGCCGGUCAUCCCUAUCUGCGCAACGAGAAGAAGGACGUGGUACGGGCGAACUCGAUCCGGUUAGCGGAGGUGUGGAUGGAUGAGUACAAGCAGGUGAUCUUCGAUAUCCAUGGGAUACCGCACUACCUGGAGGAGGAGUUCGGUCCGAUCGCUGAACGGAAGGCCGUUCGGGAGCGGGCCGGAUGUCGCAACUUCCGGUACUACAUCGAGAACGCCUUCCCGGAGAUGCGCAGCCCGUACGUGGCGGGUGCAUUCCGCGGAGAGGUACACAAUGUCGUGCUGGGCAACAGCUACUGCUUGGAUUUUCGACGGGAGGGUAACUUCUUCGGGAUGGCUCCGUGCGAUGGCAAGCAGAAGACACAGUACUGGGCCCACAACUACUAUCAGGAACUGAACAGCUACCGAUACUGUAUCGACUACACCGGGACGACUCUCGCCAUGAUCGGAUGCCAUCGGGGACGGGGCAACCAGGCGUGGCGCGUUCAAACCGAUACCGGCCAACUGCAGAGUGUCAAGCACGACAAGUGUCUCGCCCUCAACCCGUCCUCUAACGUUACGCUCACGAUGGAAACGUGCGACCCGCAGAGGGACUCCCAACGGUGGACCAUGUCGUUUAUCGAGCUGGAUGUUACGCCGUUCCAAAAGAAACCCUAACGUACCUCGCGGUUUCCGGCUCAAGCCUUCGGUGUCGUAUCGCACACGCUCAAUUCGAACCCGAAAAGCCCCUAAUCGUUUCGCCACCUACUUAUCUACCUCCGAUAGCAUCGCCAACGACGUGGAUAGAGGCGGUCGAGGCUUAUCACGCGUUAACGCACGUCGACUUGAAGUGCUGUCCAUCCAUCCACCCAAUCGGACGGAAUCAGGUCAUCAAAGACGGCAGAAGGGUACUGCCUAUAUCAAUCGAGCGUCAAUUUGCUUAGUUUUGCCAUCACGUGUUUCAUGUGUUUGAAAAGUUUACAUUUAUCAAUGGCUAACGAACGCUUGAGAGCUUUUUAUCGUGAAAAUGGCGACGGAAGCGGUUUGAAGGGACGCAUUAGCGCAUAUUUAGUUGAGUACGAGACACACAAGCAUCCUGCACGCAUCACAUCCCGACAGUUGCCCCAACAGUGUAGAGAUUCGAAGCGGUAUUGUCUGUGUAAUAUAAAAUGUAUAUAAAAUAAAAUGUGUAAGAUAAAGUUGAACCAAA